UUCGGUGCUAUUUGAUCGCAUUAAGUUGGCUACCGUGCUGCUCCGAGGGUGGUUGGCGUUAAAAUAAAAAUCGAAAAAUCGAAAACUCGACCGAAACUUCCAGGGGGUAUCAGCUCGACGAAGUCGUGGAGUGAAAGAUAGUACGAAGUUUCCUCACCGCAGACACAGAGCUAAUCCCAGAAAAUGGCGGCGUUCGUAGCAAAACAAAUGGUUGGGAACAAAUUAAACGCAGUUAAAGGAGCGGUCGGUGGCGACGACGAUGGCGACGACAAAGAAAAAGAGGAAGAAGCCGAAAGGGAACGAUUGGAAGCCAUCCGCGAAGCUGAAGAGCGAAGGAAGGAGAAGCACAGGAAGAUGGAAGAGGAACGAGAAAAGAUGAGACAAGAAAUCAGGGACAAGUAUAAUAUCAAAAAGAAAGAAGAAGUCGUAGAUCCCGUACAAGAAGAGCCGAAUCCUUUGAUGCGUAAAAAGAAAACGCCGGAAGAGCUGGCGAGAGAGGCGGAAGCAGAAGACGAGGACGAGUUCACAAAGUUGAAGAACACGAUAGAGACACAAGUAAACGAACUCAAGUCACAAAUAGAGAGUAAAUGUGUAAUGCAAUGAAUUCCGGGGACAUCCACAAGGCAAUUUCUGCGGGCCGUCUUCUUCUAGACAACGUCACAGAAAUAAUAAUAAUUUUAAGAUACUCAAUUAGUUAGGUGCCGUAUAAGUUGUAGGCGUGUUUACCUGUGAUCAAAUCGCAAUCUUCAGUGGAGAAAGGCGGCGCGUCCAAAUUUUGAUAGGGAAAAGUGGUAACAAUGAAUAAAAAAAGACUUGCCUUAACCGGUCCAGGACCUCGCGCCGGUUCCUCCGCUGACGGACGCGUUAGAAAUAUGAGUUUAUUUGAAUUAGAAUGACGAAAGCCGUGCAGGAAUAAGCCCCAAAAACACAAACAAAAGAGACUGCGAUAAACAAUUAACAAAUAACAAAAAUAUUAUGAUGACAUUAGAUACCGAUACACUGUUGUCAUAAUACUUUUGUAGUAGUGUGUAAACAAUUGUUACCAAAGUUUUUGUAGAUAGAUGAUAGUUUUAAACCUAUUUUUUUGUAAAGUCAACCAAAUAUUGUGCAUAACGAGACAUAUUCUUUUCCCCUUUUGUAUUUUUUGAUGACGCAUGUAGUUUUUUAAUGAAACAAUGAGGAAUGUCGAGGCUUUUUACAAUCACUCACAGUUUUCCGACGAUUGUAGUUCUUCACUUUCUCAUCCUCCAAGCACACACCGUGAUUGGUCAUCCAAAUUCCUUGUAUUUCGCCUUUGAUGUUCUUUCUCGAGUCCGUCGAGAGUCGAUACCCACUUGUCAGGGACUAAGAAACCAAAUCCGGGUACUAAAACAAAAACAAACACUUUUGUACAAAGCUAAAAUAAAACGAAUGCUCAAAUUCUUUCGACGGACUCGAACGCGAUCUUUGUUUCUGCGCUUGCUGUACUGUACUAAAAAUAUAUAUCUCUCUCUCUUUAUCUCUCUUUCUCUCUCUCUCUCUCAUGAUAUAUUUUGUAAAAUUAGCACAUCUAGACGACAAUCUGCCGAAAAAAAUGAGAUUUCGACGUCACAUUUAGUCACUAUGGCAACCGCUUUUGUUUCGGUGUAGCAUGUCAUUCGAUAAUUGUUCGUUGUUCAUUGUUGUUGUCUCUGUCUCUUUGUGGAUACUCUCUUCCUGUACUAACUAUCUCUUCGACUCAAAAUGACCAAGUUCGUAACACCAGGAUAAUAAUGAAUUCCCGACGACUUCAGCCGUUAUUUUAUACCUAAGAUAAUUUAAAGAACAGACGUGCUUCGUUUCACGGAUGGGCUCGACUAGAGCAAAGAAAACUAAGUUGUUUGGUUUGUGAUUUGUGUAGACGCACUGCUUCUCCCCUGCACCACCACCAACCUCCACAUUUCCCGGUUCGAAUUUCACGCAGUCAGGAGUGGGAUUAGAACCGGACCCUUUCGUAACGGUUUCAGUUUGAGUGUUUUUUGUUUUUUGUGUUUUUAGUCUGGUCGGCGCCUUCACGAUCCUGUUGUCUAUGUGUCAAUUAAAUUCUAUAUAUCAUUCUCUAGUAGGAAGUAGCGUAAUCUAUGUCUAUCUUAACUCUAGUUGGGGGUAGAAUCUAGACUGUAUCGAUGUAUUUAAUACUAUAGGUGUCGUUGCUCAAAUGUGUCUUUUUGGCAAAACGCAAUGUUCAAUGUGGAAUUUGGGUGAAAUCAACGUGACAUUCAAAUAAACUAUACAAAACAAAGAAACACGCAAAUGCAAGACAAUGCAAACACUCGUAGGAUUUUGUACUUUAGAGAAAAAAAACUCAAAUUGUUGACCCGGUUGUCAAGGUUUUUUCGCAUUUGACUGGCGCUCCGCCGGCCGAAUCAUUGUUCCUACUUUGUCUGUUGUUUGUUAUUAACGAUGAUUCUCCUCACAAAAAAACAUAAGCAAUGUAGUACGACUUAGUCUGGUGUGUGAUAAUGAUAAUAUUAUAAGUGUAUGUUUUUGUCAUUUUGUAUCGUUACCAAGGUCUUUUCAAGUCGGCGGGACCGCCGCCGACCGCCGAAUUCCGUGUACUCAAGACACUUUUGUGACGAUUGCGUUUGUUAAUAUCUAAAUUCUAGAGACAACGACACGUAUAUUUAAAACAAAGAGAUCUGUAAUUUCUAAUCUAUAAAGGUCGCCACGGUAUAUCGUGGAUGGUGGAAGCGACGACGGUCGAAACGUCUCGCGACGUUCGGACGUUCUCGUUUCCGCGAAGCUUCUGCUUAAGUGACGUAUUUAAAUAAAAGCUAGUGAUAAAUUUAUGCAAAAAACUGAAAACUCGUUAAUGAAAUGAUCAAUGUUGUAUUGUUAUUACAAAAUGAUAUUCGCAAGUAUAUUACCAUGUAUUGUAGAUAUUGUUGUUGAUUCGAAAUUAUUCAGUUCGACAUGAGCUUUCCACCAAUUACCUACAACAAAUUACUCGGUUUUCGUUUGCAUUUUUUCGAUUGAUUCUUCCGUAAUUUUGUUGUAGGCCGAUUUGUAAAGCUGUGUAGUCAAAACUUUUGUAUUUAUACACUUAUUAACAGUAAUUGUUUCAUGAGCCAUGGAACAACACGUUUGUAGUUGCCUGAGUACCUAUAGUUAGUAAGGGCUGUUCACGUUGUUAUAUAAUAAUAUUAAUACCGAUAAGUCUUAGUCGAUCGACUUGAUUGUUGUUAGUUGUAAAACCACCUGCAACGUUAUUGUGAAAAGAAAGGACUUAAUAAAAUAUUACAGUUUACAAA